AUGGCACCACCCAUAUUGUGGCAGAACGAGGAACGGACGAUCACACUCCUCGACAUUCCGCAAUCUAUAUCUGCAGCCCAAGGAACAAACGAACAUCCGUGCCACGAUUUACUGAUUUCUACGAAGCCACAGGAGCAUCCGUUCCCUCCGCAGGAGCCAAAGACCGAGAAAGCGAGCGCCAAUCUCAACAACAACACGGUCGAUUCAGCACUGGACGCGGAGUAUCAUGAAAUCUUGCAUUCGGCUCUUGAAGAAGUACGCAAGCAGUACGACGAUAUCUGGUGCCUGCCAAGACGUACCGCUUCGACCUCGGACUCAACCGGAGUAGGCAAGAAGCGCAAACUGGACCACUCGUCUGUCAAUCAAAAUCUGGACUCCAACACCCAAAAUUAUACCUUCAGCUCACCCCAUAAGGAUCAAGUCUCAGUGCCUCCGAAUCAUGCUCCGAGCGAGUCGACCGACUACGAGGUAUGCUGCAACGAGGAUGACAGAUUUCAAACAACUUGUGCAGCUAAAUCAGUCGACAUCUCCGCUUCGCAUUCGCAGAAUAAGCGCAGUGCUUUUCAUAUGCCGCCUCAUUCCUCAUUCUACUUGGGAGAUCUCUCUUCUUCUCAAAGAGCCUUCCAUGCCGCCAUCAGGAAUCAAGCCGAUAGCCAUCAAACUCGCAAACACUUCGACUUCGUACUCAUGGACCCGCCCUGGCCGAAUCGCUCAGUCAAAAGGAGCACGCACUUCAAGACUGGCUCUGGUUACAGCACAGCCCAUUCUCUGCAAGCUAUUGAGCACCUCAUACUGGGUACGGAUCUCGACAUGCUGAUGGCGGAUAAAUGCCUAGUGGGCGUUUGGAUUACCAAUCGUCAAUCACUACGAGAACUGGUGUUGGCAGAAGAUGGCAUCUUCGAUCAAUGGGGCCUGGUGCUGGAAGAGGAGUGGAUUUGGCUCAAGACAACAGUCAAAGGAGAGCCGGUUUCCGAUAUCGAUUCGCUCUGGAGGAAGCCUUACGAAGUGCUCCUUUUGGCUCGCAAGCAGCGGAGAGGAUCAGUCGUCACCCGUCAGACUUGUCAAUCUGCGCCCAAGCGAAGAGUCAUAAUGGCUGUGCCCGAUUUGCACUCUCGUAAACCAUGUCUGAAGGGAUUGAUCGAACCCCUGCUGACGCAACAGAAAGACUACAGAGCACUAGAGGUCUUUGCUCGUCAUCUUGUGGCCGGCUGGUGGAGCUGGGGUGACGAAUGCACCAAGUUCAAUUGCGAGAGUCAUUGGCAGAGAGCUCAUGAUGCCCCGAAUGGACCACAUCCAGGAUGA